GAGCGAUAUUUGCCGUUUGCAUGGAACGCUGGUUGUUGGUGCAUUACUUUUUGUGGUGAAUAGUGGUGCAUUUAUUUUUCUGGCUGGCUGCGUUGCUUCGCCAAACAUCACUAUGGCCAAACCAACGUGACCACCACAAUCCUGGACAAAAUAUGUUGAGACAAAUCACUUUUCUAGCAGUUCUGAGAGUGUUUUCCUUGUAACAGCACUACAAAUAGUGUUGUAGUUAUGUUGAAUGGUUGUCAGCCAAAUUUUAGACUACCUCUGUACUGUUUGUUUUUAGCAGCUAGCCCCCACCCCUGUUCAAUGUUUAGUCAGUUCAGUGUGGAAGGCAAGUGUUGCAGCUAGCUAUCUAGCUCAUCAGCUCAUCUCCAUGUUUUGCUUGAAUUAUUAUAGCAGUAAGAUAUUAUGCCUUUUGCAAAGUCUAACAGGAAAGGGUCACGGAUCAUUCGCACAACUCUCAGAAACGGUUAUACAAGAAGUGUUUUCAAGUCAUUUCAGCCGGUGACAAGCAAUUCCUCUGCAAGCAUAACUACCAUAGAAGAAACAAAUAAUACAAGUGCUAUUGAGGACCCUUUAGUGCAAACCGAACAAUUUGAUAUUGAAGAACAUGAUAAUGUACAGUUUUUGUUGAGUGGGGAUAUAGUUAAAAAAAAAAGAUGUGGCGGUUAUGAAAGAAACAAAGAGAAAGAAUUACAUUCCUGGAGUUCUGUCACUUCUAACAUUUGUGAAAAUUAUGCUGAAAAAUUCAACCUUUUGCUUCUUCAAAAGUGUACGGUAUGUGAUUCGUCGUUUGAGGAAGGGCUUGUUUGGUGCAAAGACUGUGGUCCACUUGCGACAUAUUGCCAGGGUUGUGCAGACGUUUCCCAUAAGAACAUUGCAUUUCAUAAUGCAAUUACUUUAAAGCCAAACUUUGACAUGAUGACAUAUACAUUUCACAACGAAUUACACGAUGCUCACUGUUAUUCCUGUUCAAACAAAUAUUUUCGAGUAAUAACAAUUGUUUCAGAAAAAGGUUGUCUCCAUCAGUGUGAAGUCUGGUUCUGCACAUGUGAAUCUGAAUUUUCGAAGUUGUUAAAGUAUGAUUUAUGGCCAUCAACACCUACUAAACCUUCUACUGCCAUCUCAAUAAAAUUGCUGGACCAAUUCGUUGCAUUGCAAAUGGAGGGUAAAAUUUCUUUCACUUCAUUUAUUGAUGGAAUGUCAUGGAAAACUGGUAUGCAUAACCAAACUCUGAAACGCGUAUUAACACGUUUUAUGCAAACAGACUCCAUUGACCAAUACCGUCAAUUCCAGCGACAGUUGAGGGAUCUAUGGUUUUCAGACUUAACAGGAAAAAAACCCAACCAAUGUCCAGCAUGUCCAAUAGAUGCUGGGAGUGUUUUCUAUUGCAUGGAUGCUAAUUUUGGACUUGUUUUAAAAAGCUCUGCAUCAAAAUCAAAGAAUACCCCAAACAAUGACAAAAAUCAUUUUAUUGAAGAUGACGAAGUUGACACAUUCAUGUCUAGCUAUGAUGACAAAGCUGUGGAAAAUAAGGAAUGUAAUAACUUUCAAGCAGGGAACCGUAUCCGUUCAAAAAGAAAAAGUUCAAAGCUUAGUGUGACAGGUGUUUUUGGUGUAUCUUGUCGGCAUGAAAUUCCAAAGCUCUUUCUUAACAUGCGACAUGGCGAGAGAAUUGGUUAUGCGGUAUUAAUGAUGAAUAAAAUCCUAGCUGAAGUGUUGGGUAAAGAUAUUGACGUCCAUAUUAUGUAUGAUAUUGCCUGUCUGUUGAAGAAACAUUUAACUAAAAAAGGAACGUUAAGUAAAUACCCCAAAUUCAAAUUAGGGAUACCAGUAUUUCACGCAUAUGGGCACAAAAGUUCUUGUCAGGUACAACAUUCGAUCCGUAGAAUGGAAGGUUUUGGUUUAAUGGAUGGGGAACUGAUGGAAAGACUCUGGUCCUAUUUGAGAUCGUUUUCAAAAAUCACGAAAGAGAUGACUUCAGCUCACCGUGUUGACUUUUUGAGUGAUGCUUUAAAUCAUUUUACAAUGACUAAGUUAGAAAUAUUAGGGAAAACACUUGUGGGCUGGUAUCAAAAAGCCAAUGCUGUCUAUCAGACUAGUUCUGCAGAAAUCCAAACUUUGUGUUUAAACCUAGAUAAUAUCACAGACGAGGUUAUACACUCAUGGAAGUUGGAGGAAGAGUCUAAAAUUAAAUGGAAAAGUGUUGUAGAGCAAGAGGUUGGUUGGGAAUUCAAAUAUUAUACUAAAAUUAAAGAGCUGAAUAACGAAAAUACAUUACUCCUGUUAAGUAGUAGUGUUUCUGAUACUGCGAGACAUAGGAUAAAACUAAACAGGUUGGAAUCUGGUCUUUCGAGUUUCGAAAAAAAGCACGAUGUAAACGAUCGUUGGAGUAUAACCUCAAAUCAGUACACGUAUCAUCAUCGCAAAUUCGUUCAGAAUGCUGUAAAAACCACUUUGGAUACUUUACAUACUCGUGCAACUGAAAGGUUAAUGUUACUGACUUUAAAGAAACGAUAUGCAGAUGGUUCUUCGAUAUGCAAUCGUUUAUCAGUGCAAAUCAAUAAAAUCUGCAAUGACCUAAAGAAUUUAGUUGAGUCGUUAAAUCAGACGAACAGAGAAUGUGGUGUGUACGAAGAUGUGUUGUAUAAAGAUGCAUUGGACGUCAAUUCCAGGAUAUAUUUAAACACUACUACGGUUGAUCAGGUUAAUAACACUUCACAUAACAUUCCUGCAUCAGUAAAAAGUACGUGCGUACAAUUUUACCUGCGCAAGUGUCGUGCUACCGAGGAGCUUCAAAUUGUUCGUACGGAAAUGCAGCACGUAUUAAACUACUAUAGAGAAAUGGAAUCCUCAUUGGCUACUGCUAUUUAUAAUAACGAUUCUCCAAAAAAAAUCUUUGUUAUAGAAAAACUAAAUUAUGUACGAAAUACAGUAGAAAAUAUGCAGAAACUAUUUAUGGAUGUCGAAAGCAACAAUCUCGAAGAUGAUUUUGAUGUGACUGUUUAUUGCGAUGGACAAUCUUCAGAUGAAUCUGAUGAAGAAAACCCAUGACCUGUAACUGCAUAUUUCGAUAUAUAUAUUUGUUAGUGUUUUUACAGAAUUGAUUUAUUAUAUUUUCUUUUGCUAUUAUUACUUGGUGACACAUGGAUAGCAAUAUAAUUCCUUGUAACCAUCUGACUAUCACAGCUUGAAAUUGUGUUUCGAAAGCUUUGGCUCUUCUAAGUAAUCACCUCAUUUAAGAUAUAUAUAGAAUAUAAAUUUUGCGCCUCUGUUAAAUUUUGUUACAGAUUUAUAGAAUAUGUAAAACAAAUAUUUAUCUGUUACAGAUUUUACAGAUUUUUUAAUGAUAUUAAUAAGUAGGUUAGAUAUGUCCACUUCUACUUUGUACGGACGCGGUAUUUAUGUGAUGUCAUAAAAAAAAGUUACUAAUGCUUCCUUUGUCUUAUAUAUUGCAAGUUUACUUUGUAAUUUGUGUCGCUGGAAUACAUUUUAAUGCUC